AUGUACAGUCAACAAAACAACUUAAACAUCGUAAACACAACAUCAACAAACAACAUCAUAACAAACUCGAACGUAAUACAAGAGACCUCGACGAUAAACUUAAACAUCCUCAACCAAAACAUGUCGGAUAUAUCGGGACACAAUAAUCAGUACAGUAGAUCGAAUAAUCUACCCAACAUAAUACAGCACGUUACAAUAGCGGCGCCAAAGGUGGAGAUGGUCGAGGCGGACGCCCCAGCGGUGACAAUCGACACUACUACCACAAACAACAUGGAAAAAUCGCACACGUGCGACAUAUGCAAGAAAUCUUUCAAGCGUCGCGAGCACUUAUAUCAGCAUGUUAAGUUGCACACCGGGUUCAGGCCGUACAGGUGCGAGAUGUGUAAUAAAGCGUUCAUGAGGAAAGAGCACUUGCUUCGUCAUAUGACGUUACACUCGGGCCAAAAAAAUUACCAAUGUAACAUAUGCGACAAGAGUUUUUCCAGGCGCGAUAAUCUGUUAAAACACAAAAAAACGCACGAUAAACAGUCGAAUUUUACGUGCGAGAUUUGCCAGAAACAAUUCGUUAUGAAACAUUAUUAUAUAUCGCAUAAGUUAACCCACGGGGAGAAAUUUGAAGCCCCAUCAUGGGACAUGAUAAAAACUAACUAA